UUCUCAAGACAACGAGCUAGUCUGCAGUAUGCUCGUUUCGAUUUUUUCUCAUGGUUGUGCCGUACUAGCACUUACUGUCAAUGCCUAGGCUGACAUAAGCGACUAAUUGACAUGAGGUCGGCAUUAUGUGGGCCUAGUAUUCUGCACUUUACUCCCCUCUGCACAAAUUCUGUCAGUGUUUCGAGAUAUUCCUUGGCUGGGACUGCGUCCGUGUCUUGCUUUACCCCUUUCUUCAUUUUUCGAGCAUGCGAAACUCACCCCACCUUCGCUCGUUUACGUGCAUAAUUUCUUUUUUCUCAGCAGUGCACGCAUUCAGUGUAACGGUUGGGACUCCAACUCAAUGCGACGAUCUUUCUGUUUCAUGGACCGGUGGUCAAGCACCGUUUGAAAUCCUCUUGACCCCCGUUUUCGAAGUACCGCGGAAUAUAUCAGUACCACCAUCGGCCUUCAGCAAUGGUAAAGGCUCAUAUACAAUAUCGCAAUUACCAUUUUGGAAUGGAACACAGUUUCUACUCACUAUGUCUGAUGCCACUGCAUUUGGCUCAGGUGGAACGUCACCCGUCUUAAAGGUCGGUAAUCCUGUUGCCAAGAACAACUGCAACACUACAGGUCCAUCUGUGGAUUUCACGUUUAAUUUGCCAACAUCACUCCAGCAAUGCAACGGGUAUAUCUUUGAUGGUUAUGACAAUGCCGUCCAACCCAUUACUAUUACGACACUUAUUCCUGGUGGAGAGUCUCUCAUACUUUACCCUCCGACUGGCUCCAGUUAUACUUGGGUUGCGGAUGUUAACGCAGGGACGACCCUCGUAUUUGUGAUGACAGAUUCUCAGGGUAGGCAAGGUGGUAGCUCUGACCUCGAGACGGUGGCACUUUCGAACAAUGCCACGUGCCUCAGCUCCAACUCACCAUCGUCAACUGCAUCUGUGCCUUCAUCCACCACAGCAUCCACCACAGCAUCCACGUCAGCUGGCGUUUUGCCGACGUCCAAUUCAUCAAGCAGUAAUACUGCUACUAUCGCCAGUGCAGUGAUUGGCUGCGUAGUAGCCCUCGCUGCGUUGGUCUCGCUCGGCAUGUUCCUGUUGCGCAAACGAAGAGCGUCUCGCUCCCCGUACGUCAUAUCUUCUUCGCAACGCCAUUCACGUCGACUCCCAUCUACGGAUCUCGAUCAUGAAGGGAGCCAAUAUGGUCAUGUUCCACCAAUUUACCCAUUCCCAUACCAGGCAGACUCUGUUAGCCACCUUGCUCCACCCAUUCACCCCGCGACCCAAUCACACCUAACCAAUUCAUCCACUGGCAGUGUUGCGCUCAACGACCCUCACACACCAUUUAGUCAGACAAUGCAUUCGCGCCAGAUAUCUAAGUCAGACAGCUUCGCUGGGUAUGGGGAUGCUGGAGGUUCAUCUAUGUCAUCUGCUGGCAGACGAAAAGCUGCAAUGGCUGGCCAAACAGCAUACAAACCCUCCACUCGGUUCAUCUUGCAUACUGAUGUGGAGGAUGUUGUGCCGGACGAUAAUGGCGUCGUAGAACUUCCGCCGCAGUAUUCAGAGUAUCGGCGACCCAUUACCAAGCAACCUGAGUCUGUGCCAAGACCAAUGUCAUCACACUCUAAUUAUUCGGGUCCGAGCGAUCUAGCGUAUGCUAGUAGUGCAUUUGCACCCACUUCAUCACACUCUCCUUUGCCACCUCAUUCAUGA